AUGCUGACUCUGCGUCGCGCCAUGGUAGCGGCAGCAUUUUUGCUGACCGUCUUCUUCCUUGUAUCCCACUCGCAUCGAUCGUCGGCGACAUCCAACACCUUCGCCACCACAACAACCGCCACAGCCUCAAGCGGCGCCAACUCUCCGACAGGUCCUGCCGCACGGGCAGGGAACCGUGCUGCCGCUCAAAAACCGUUGAUUGACAUGUCGCAUAUGUCCACCAUCGACAAGCUGUCCUACACCUACCCGUACGAUAUCGAGAAAAAAUUCCCCGCUUACAUCUGGCAAACUUGGAAGUAUACGCCCGCGGACGGCGAGUUCCAGUUCCGCGACCAAGAGGCUUCAUGGACUAUUUUGCAUCCUGGCUUUGUUCAUGAGGUUAUUACCGACUCCGUUGCUUCCAGCCUGCUGCGCAUGCUCUAUGCCUCCGUUCCUGAAGUCCUCCAGGCGUACGAGGCCCUCCCCCUACCCGUUCUGAAAGCAGAUUUCUUCCGCUACCUCAUUCUCUUUGCCCGUGGUGGCAUCUACUCCGACAUCGAUACCUUUGCUCUACAGAGCGCCGACGUGUGGAUCCCCAAGGCCAUCCCCCGCGAGAGUGUCGGAAUGGUGAUUGGUAUCGAGGCCGAUCCCGAUCGUGCGGACUGGGCCGAUUGGUAUAGCCGCCGCAUUCAGUUCUGCCAGUGGACUAUUCAGAGCAAGCCCGGCCACCCUAUUCUGCGCGAGACUAUUGCUCGCAUUACCAAUGCCACGCUUACCCUCAAGGCGAAUGGCAAGCUGAGCAGCAUGCAUGGCAGCGAAGGUGUCGUCGAUCUGACUGGCCCUGCUGUCUGGACUGACACCAUCAUGGACUACUUUAACGAUGCUCGAUUCUUUGACAUGACUGCGAGCGAGGGAAAGAUUGAUUUCCGUAACUUCACCGGCAUGGAGGUUAGCAAGCGCGUCGGCGACGUUGUCGUGCUUCCCAUCACUGGCUUCUCUCCCGGCGUCGGCCAGAUGGGGGCCAAGGAUUAUGAUGACCCCAUGGCUUUUGUUAAGCAUGAUUUCGAGGGUACUUGGAAACCGGAAAGCGAGCGACACAUUGGCGAAGCACAAGACUCAUAG